AUGCAGUACAAUUCGUUGCCAUCUAUUCCUACUUUCAUGUCUGAUCUGAUCCUUCUAGAAGAUAUCGUACUUCCCUAUAACGUUAUACAAGAGAUCCAUGCCACUGAUUUCCCACCUACACCAGUAAAUGUCGAUUUAGAACACAACCUCAUUAAGACGUUAACCAACACAAGUUUUCGCGUAAAUUCUACAAUCGUUUUUCUUAAUUUAAACGACAAUCCAAUUGUAGAUAUUUCCCCUGAGGUGUUCAAGAAGCUUCCGGCACUGAAAGAACUCAGGUUGCAAAAGUCCAAACUGACUCGACUUCCUUUAAAGUUUCCAGCGUUGACUAGCUUGUACUUCGUAGAUUUAACCAACAGCACAGAACUGGUAUGCACUUGUGCAGAAAAGAGUUUAGAAAGUUGGGUGAAGUCUCUCAGUCCAGCCAACGUUGUUGGCAGCUGUGGGGAUACCAGUAUUUAUGCUUUCUUUGUCACAUUAAGUCCUGCCUGUCCGUAA